UUAAAUUAAAAAUAAACCCCAAGCACUUGAAAAAAAUGGAGCCGAACGUAGUGGAGAAGCCUCUGCCAGACGCACUCUCUGGUAAGAGAUAUUCGAAGAAGACUGAAGAUUCCUGGAGGGCCGCACAGGCCGAACUUCUCCGGGCCGACAAGAAGCUAAAAUUAAAAGAAAAGAAUGUUGAGGUCCUGUUGGCCAAAAGCUUCGCAUCCACCGACGCACAGGACAAUAUACUCAUGAACACGAAGCCCUCGACGCUCAAAAAGACCAAAAAGACGAAGAAGACUACGAAGAAAACGAAAUCCUCCGGGCUGAAGCUGAGCCACAGCCAGGAACAGAUCCUCAUAGCGCAGGUGAUUCAUCAGAUGCGUUUAUUGAGGCACAAGUCAGCGAUUAUCGAUAUGGGAUUGGUGCUGCUGACCACCACUCUGGUGUCCUGCGCCUGCCUGUGGGGGAAAACUGCAUUUCUGCUGUGCGGCUUCCUGCUGCUGGGGCCACUCAUAUGGUCCAUAGGCCUCGGCACCUGCGGCCGCAGGAUGGGCAUUAAGGUGGUUCGCGUGGUCCUCUCGUUGGCUGCUGCCAUCGCUGUUGCAGAAUUUUGUCCCUAUUUGGAAAUUAACUUGAUUUCUGCUCUUUCAGGCAUUUCGGUGGCAAGUGCCAUUAUGCGAAGCGCUUCGGGUGCCGUCGGGCGCGCCAUCCUUUGGGGCUUUCUGCUACCCAUAAUAACGUUUGCCAACCUGUUGUGGAUCCCAGAUACCGGAAGCUGGAACUGGAACAACUACUGCACCAAGAAGACAUUCAGCAUAAUCCUGGCUGAUAUGAUCUUUAUGUUGCUGACCAUCCUGGUCAUCCGCAGUGAGAUUAUUUCGAAACGCGACAAGGUCUCUUUUCUAAACGAUGAAGAGAUGCAUAUAGUUCGUACUGACACAUUGAAGUACCACCACGAUCGCUAUGCUGAUUGGAAUGAUAUCCCAAAAAUGAAGUUUUAAUUUGAAUGCCCAACCAAAGCAGGACCUGUGG